CUCCCCUUCAUGCCAUGGUUUAGCCGACUCCCUGCCGCGAGCUGUUUUUGUACCCUCUGCUACAGAACAGAUUUGUUUCGCGCGGGCCUUCAAUCGAUAGGCUGUACAGAGAAACGAUUGCAGAAGAUGCUUCUCCACGGAAUAACAAUUAAACGAAUAUCAAGAGUUCUCAAUAAACUUCGGCCUUUACCAAAACUUGGAUAUUUUAAAAUUGAGCCCACUUCCCAGUAGUUUGAAGUGUGUAUUCAUUGUCUUUUUUCUUUCUUUCUUUCUUUCUUCUUUUUUUUUUUUACUACUAUUACUCUAGAACGCAUUUUUUUGUGUUGAAGAACUCGUGCCAGUCUGAUGAAUUCACCGAAACAAGACGAAGAUGAUGUGCCCGUUAAAGACCCGGUAAAAUACGGCGAGCUGGUGAUAUUGGGGUACAAUGGCUCUCUCCCCAGCGGAGACCGUGGGAGGAGGAAGAGCCGUUUCGCCCUGUACAGGAGGACAAAGGCCAACGGAGUCAAACCCAGCACUGUGCACAUCCUCAACUCACCCCAGGACAGCAAGGCUGUCCACAGCAGUGGGCAGCACAGCAUCUCCUUCACUUUGUCCCGCAACCAGACCGUGGUGGUGGAAUACUGCCAUGACAACGACACAGACAUGUUCCAGAUCGGCAGAUCCACAGAGAGUCCCAUAGACUUUGUGGUGACGGACACGUCGGGCGGGGGCAAGGAGGGUGAGGACCCCUCGGUGGCCCCCAGCACCAUCUCCCGCUUCGCCUGCAGGGUGGUGUGUGAGAGGAACCCCCCCUACACCGCACGCAUCUACGCUGCCGGCUUUGACUCCUCCAAGAACAUCUUCCUGGGGGAGAAGGCCACCAAGUGGAAGAACCCAGACGGCCACAUGGACGGCCUGACCACCAACGGCGUGCUGGUGAUGCACCCUGAGGGCUUCCCCGAGGACUCCAGACAGGGCCUGUGGAGGGAGAUCUCAGUGUGCGGAGACGUGUAUGCCCUCAGAGAGACCCGCUCCGGGCCCAGCCGAGGGAAGCUGGCGGAGGGAGAGAGCAGCGCGCUGCGUGAUGGUUCCCUGGUGGACCUGUGUGGAGCCACCCUGCUGUGGAGGACGGGUGAGGGCCUGCUCCGCGCCCCCACCCUCCGCCACCUGGAGGCGCUGCGCCAGGAGCUGAACGCGGCCAGACCCCAGUGCCCUGUGGGCCUCAGCACCCUGGCCUUCCCUAGCCUGCCGCGCAGCCACAGCCUUGAGGAGCGGCAGCCCUGGGUCUACCUCGCUUGUGGCCACGUUCACGGACGCCACGACUGGGGCCAGCGUGGGGAGGGCCGGGAGCUGAGUCAGGGGGAGGGCAGCAGCUCCACCGCCCGCCGCGAGUGCCCCCUGUGCCGGAGUGUGGGCCCCUACGUGCCCCUCUGGCUGGGCAGCGAGCCGGCCGUCUACGUUGACGCCGGAGCCCCCACGUACGCCUUCGUCCCCUGUGGCCACGUGUGCUCCGAGAGGACUGCCCGCUACUGGGCCGAGACCCCCCUGCCCCACGGCACCCACGCCUUCCGCCCCGCCUGCCCCUUCUGCUCCUCCCUUCUCAGCUCCCCCGGCUGGACUCGCCUCAUCUUCCAGGGGCCCAUCGACUAGCCCCAACGCCCUCCUCCCCCUGAACCACACGGACGAAGGAGCAGACUCUGGUCCCAGCACCCUGCUCCUUUUACUCUGCUGAACUGGAAGGCGGGGAUUCUGGCUCAGGGUGAGGGAUGCUAUCUCUGUUCCUGUCCGGGUCCUUUCAGAUCUGCAAGCGUCGGACCAGGGGGGGCUUUGGGCUCGAGGGUUUCAUGAACUGGAUUCUAUUCACUACAGAUCCACCUCUUAAGCAAUAAGACCCCUCCAGAGCAAUACAGUCCUACAUAAGCUAGUUGUUGUGCUUCUCAGCUACGUGUCACUCUGACUUACGUCAUAAACGCGUCUAUACAGUAUGCUCUCCAGCACAAGGGCUAAACCAGAGGUUCAUCUGAUUCACUGGACGUUUGUUGAUGACUGAUAUCUUGGUAGCUUACAGAUCUUGAGAUUUUAUAGAUUUUCAGUCUGUAUAUUCAUUGGGAAAAACAAAAAUGCAUCCGCAAUGUUCUGACAAAAUACUUGUAAACUCUAAAACGGUUUUGAACGUCCUAAGCGAAGCGUCUCAAGUGAAUCCGUCUGUUGACAAUGUCCUGGAAUCUGAACCCACCUCUGAUUGGAUACUGAUUCAUGACUGACUUGAUCCUUACAACUGUACAGAGUCAAAGGGCGCGACCUCAAAAACCUCAUAAAACAGUUUUGUUCAACAACAACAAAAAAAGAACUAUUUUAUUAAUGUGGGGGAUUUUAUUUAGACGUUCAGUGUUAAGAUGGAACUAUUUUUAUAAAUGAGUACAUUGUUUUUAGUUAUCUGUGAUGAGUGUAACCAAUCACUGUAUCUUUCAGUAUGCUAUUCUGUAUGUACGGUGAAUCUAGGAAAGCUUGUGAGUGAGAAUAUUGCCAACACUGUGUCACACCCUCAACACAACCAUAACAAUUGCCCAGACAAUGAAUGUAGCCAAAUACUCAGGCUAUACAGUGAAGCCUCACCUGGUGCUUGUAUGCUUAGAUGAAAUUGCUCUAUAUUGUCAUAGCAACUAUUUUUAUAACUGAGCAUCACAAUCCAGCUUGAAAAUCAGAUUGUGUCUAAAACUGAGAAAAACAGGCUAGAUCUUGCAUGUACCUCACACACACAGACCUUGUACAGUGUAUUGCCAAACUUUCGAAUCUUGCCAAUUUGAGUGUUUUCCCUAAAACAGGAUAAACCAGGUUAGGAGGAACUAGUUUUGAGUCUUGCAAAUCCUCAAGUGUUCCGACAGCAACAGUACCCAACAUCUAUUUCAGACAAGGAUGUCACAUCCCAAAAUGAUCUCUAUGCCUAUUUAAUGUUUGUUUACCGAUCUGCUGUAGAGUUUGUGAUAUUUGUUGAGUAGCAUUUAGGACACAGACUAGUCUCCACCCUAUGUACUAUGCCAGUGGUUUCACCAGAACAGUAGUCGUAUAGCUCAGGUUUAGCGACGUCAGACCUCUGAGGGUAGUAACAGAAGGAACAUUUCAAAUCCUUAACUCAGCCACAUGGUGUUUGCUGCGUGUCCUAGCCUGGCUGUGCUAGCGGGCUCCUAACCAGACUGAGGAUUCCUCACAUCUGGGUUCUAGAACUACAGGGUUGUCAUGGUGCUGGGUGUUGAGGUGGAAUACCUCAACAUGUUUCAUGCGGGGUUAAAAAAACAAAACAAAAAAAGAAGUACAUUUAGUCAUUUAGCAGACGCUCUUAUCCAGAGCGACUUACAGUAAGUACAGGGACAUUCCCCCCGAGGCAAGUAGGGUGAAGUGCCUUGCCCAAGGACACAACGUCAGUUGGCACGACCGGGAAUCGAACUGGCAACCUUCGGAUUACUAGCCCGAUUCCCUCACCGCUCAGCCACCUGACUCCCCGUAGUAGGCUACACAUCUGUAGUUAGCUCAGACCAAACACAAUCAUCUCUUCCUCCCCCAGUGUAUCCUGCUUUUAAAUAUGCUGAUGUUUGAUUAACGUGUGAGUCGAGUAAUGGUAGCAACAGCUCCUCUAGUAUUGUUUGUUUUCAAUAUGAAAUGUAUUGUUUUGUUUCAUUUUUUUUUUAUAUCCAUAUUUUCUAUCCUUUGUAGAAUCUCUCCUUGGGAACUUGCUUGUUUUCUCAGCUCUGGUCAAAAAUACCUCUCAGUUCUGUUAAGCAAAACAGAUCCACACAUGGCAGGUCCAGCUUUCGGGAUUCAUGGAUGACCUUCAACCAGGGGUUCCCAGGAUCUGACCUCACUGCUAACACAUUCCUUUCAAGCGACCAAACCUCAAAUGCUGAGGUGUUUUGUCUCACAGGCAAUCACACAACACACGUCAAUAAACCUGUUCUGAAACAUGU